AUGUUGAUAGAGAAGAUGCUGAAGAACCAAGAGAUAACAAGCAAGAAUCAGGAAGCCUCAAUAAGAAACCUAGAGAGGCAGAUGGGGCAACUAUCCAAGCAAGUUAUGAUUGAAAGGCCAACAAGCUCACUCCUAAGUGACACCAUUCUAAAUCCUAAAGAAGAAUGCAAAGCCAUCCAACCGAGGAGUGAAAAAACCUUGGUGAGUAACAAAGAAGAUAACAAGAGGCUUAUGGACAAUGAUGAAGCUAGCAACAAGGAAGAGAUGAUAGCAAGCAAACAAGCUCAAAAGAAGCUUGAAGAGAAAGAUGACCAGCCACAAGAUUCAAGGAAAGGGAAGCAAGUAAUGGAGGAAUCAUCUCAAGGGCAGAAGCAGGCAGUGAAGGCUUUCACACCUCCCUUACCAUAUCAUCAGAGGUUCAACAAGGAAAACAAGGAUCAACACUUCCCCAAGUUCCUUGAAGUCUUUAAGAAAUUGGAAAUUAAUAUUUCCUUGGCUGAAGCAUUAGAGCAGAUGCCUCUAUAUGCAAAAUUCUUGAAAGAGCUCAUUAACAAAAAGAGAAGUUGGCAUGAGAAGGAGACCAUCAUGCUCACACAAGAGUGCAGUGCUAUAAUUUAA